AUGCCGGAUGGUAGUCCCACUCCCACUGGUUCUCACCCUACUAGUAGUUCACCUCAGUCUCGUGCUGUCUUUCAUGAGGAUGAUUACACUCAUCCAUGCCAUCCACUAUACGUGCAUCCAUCAGAUGUGCUAGGAAACUCUCUGGUUCCGGUGCCGUUUGAUGGGACUUGCUAUGGUAGUUGGAGAAGGCAUAUUUUGGUCGCUCUUUCUAUUAGAAACAAAUUGGGUCUGAUAGAUUCUGAUUCUGAGAGUCCCCCUGAAGACUCCCCUUUAGUUCGCCAGUGGCAAAGGUGUAAUGAUCUAGUAGUCUCCUGGUUGACAAACUCAAUGACCCAAGAAAUAGCUCGUAGUGUUGAAUACUCAGUGUAUGCUAAGGAUAUUUGGGCUGAAUUAGAAGAGAGGUAUGGUCAGGCGGAUGCUGCAAGGGUGUUUGAAUUAAAGAAAGAAUUAGCUCAUAUAUCUCAGGGAUCACUUAACAUAGCCUCUUACUUUAAUAAGAUCAAGCAGCUCUGGGACGAGAUUGCUUCUUUGUCUGUUGGUAAGGCUCGUAGUUGUACUUGUAGUGCUAAGUCUGAGUAUGCAAAAGAUGAGGAUGUUCAAAGAGUGUACCAAUUCCUGAUGGGCUUGAAUGAUACAUACAUUCAGACCAGUAGCAACAUCCUGAUGCUCAAGCCUUUUCCAUCCAUGAGUGUUGUAUAUGGUAUGCUCUUAUCUGAUGAGACACAAAGACAAGUCUCCUCCUCAUCACAAUUUUCCACCAACUCUGCUUCUUUCCAUGUUGGUGUAUCCAAGCAGUCCUGUCCCUCAAAGGUUACUUUUGAUCAUGCCACAUCAGGACUCUUUUGCAAGUUCUGCAAGAGAACUGGUCAUAUCAUGGAGAAGUGUCACAGACUUCAUGGGUUUCCCCCAAAUUUUAAAUUUACAAAAAAUAAGCAAGCCAACCCACCAAACAAUUCCAACAGGAAAACUGGUUUGUCAAAUAAUCCAUCAGUAGCUGCUCAUAUCCAAGUCAACUUCAAUCAGGUUCAGUCCUCUGGCUUAAAUGAUGCUACUACUGUGUCUAAUGAUCCUAAUGUGGAUGCAUAUCCAAUGCCUGGUUUGUCUAAGGAACAAUCAAACCAGCUUAUGACAUUGGUUCAACAGGGAUUGCUCACUUUUGAUCUAUAUGGCAAUCCACACCUCUCUGCUUCUGCAAACUUUGCUGGUAAGCUGCUUGAUCAUAGUGUUGUGCUCAAAUCAUGUAUGAUGUCUGAAGUAGGUUCCUUUAUUUGGAUCAUAGACUCUGGAGCCACUGAUCAUAUGACAUCACAUAAACACCUCCUUUCAAAUAUUCAGACCCUUCCUAUACCUUAUCUUGUCUCCUUACCUAAUGGAUAUAAGGUUAAGGUGAAUUAUGUUGGUUCUAUGACUUUAUUUCCCAACCUAGUACUUGACCAUGUCCUCUAUGUUCCUAGUUUCCACUACAAUCUAAUAUCUAUUCACAAAUUACUGUCACAACUUGAUGGUUUUGUUCUAUUUACCAAGUAUCUAUGUGUUAUACAGGGCCCUUCCUUGAAGAAGCCUCUGGUUCUUGGUAAAGUGGAUAAAGGCCUCUACAAGUCGAUUCUGCCUAGUACCUCUAUCUCUUCCACUCCUACUGUUUCAACUGUUUGCAAUUCUUCAUUAUCUGAUAAGAAUGUCCUUGAUGAUGUUUCUGAUUUUUUUCUGGUUAUUGCUAAUCAUGCUAAUGUAUCAAACUUUAACAAAUUAGAUAUGAUAUGGCAUUACAGGUUGGGUCACAUUCCUUUUUCAAAAAUGAGGAACAUACCUGGCCUUAGCAAUUUAUCACAGAAGCAGUCUUUCCCUUGUCCUGUUUGUCCUUUGGCAAGACAAACCAGACUGCCCUUCCCUGAUAGUAGCAUUCAAACCACUAAGCCCUUCCAACUGAUUCACAUUGACACUUGGGGUCCAUAUCACACCGCAACCACAAAUGGAUCCAAGUACUUCUUAACCAUUGUAGAUGAGUCUCUAGGGCUACUUGGACUUAUCUAA